CCCCAAGUGGCAGCCUUGGAGCUCAGGUCUGUGGAACUGCAGAUCUCCAGGAACACCAAGGACCACCACACCCAGGAGAUGGGCUCUUCCAGGCUCAUCUUGCGCCGUGGCCAGACAUUCAUCUUAACGUUGCUUUUCAACCGACCCUUCCAGCCCCCAAAUGACCACCUCACCUUUGUGGCUGAGACAGGACCUGAGCCCACAGAGCUUCUGGGGACCCGAGCCACUUUCUUGCUCAUCCAGCCCCGGCCUGGGAAUAUCUGGAGUGCUUCUGACUUCACGAUUGACAGCAACUCUCUCCAGGUCUUGAUUUUCUCACCAGCUAGUGCAGUCAUUGGCCACUACACACUGAAGAUAGAGAUCUCUCGGGGCCAAGGUCCUGGUGUGACUUACCCCCUGGGGAAUUUCAUCUUGCUUUUUAAUCCAUGGAGUACAGAGGAUGACGUCUACCUGCCGAGCGAAAGCCUGUUGAAAGAGUAUAUCAUGAGUGAUUAUGGCUUUGUUUACAAAGGUCAAGCAAAUUCUAUUACCUCCAGGCCUUGGAACUUUGGGCAGUUUGAAGAGGACAUCAUCGAUAUCUGUUUUGAGAUCCUGAACAAAAGCCUCUAUUUUCUAAAGAACCCAUCCAAAGACCAUUCUCAGAGGAGGGACGUGGUGUACGUAUGCAGGGUGGUGAGCGCCAUGAUCAACAGCAAUGAUGACAGUGGUGUGCUCCAGGGCAACUGGGGGGAGGACUACUCCCAGGGUACCAGCCCUCUGGAAUGGAACGGCAGUGUGGCCAUUUUGCGGCAGUGGUCGGCCAGGGGCGGGCAGCCUGUGAAAUAUGGACAGUGCUGGGUCUUUGCCUCUGUCAUGUGCACAGUAAUGAGAUGCUUAGGUGUUCCAGCCCGAGUCGUUUCCAAUUUCCACUCUGCACACAACACAGAUGGGAACUUGACCAUUGACACUUACUACGACCGAGCCGCAGAAAUGUUGUCGACUCAGAGGCCAGACAAAAUCUGGAACUUCCAUGUCUGGACCGAGUGCUGGAUGAUCCGGAAAGACCUCCCACCAGGGUACAACGGCUGGCAGGUUCUGGACCCCACGCCCCAGCAAACCAGCAGCGGGCUGUUCUGCUGUGGCCCUGCCUCUGUGAAAGCCAUCAAGGAAGGGGACGUCCACUUGCUGUACGAUACCCCCUUUGUGUAUGCAGAGGUGAAUGCUGAUGAGGUCAUUUGGCUUUUUGAGGGUGGCCAGGCCCAGGAAAUCCUGGCCCAUAAUACCAAUUACAUCGGGAAAGCCAUCAGCACCAAGAUGGUAGGGUCAGAUAAGCGCCUGGACAUCACCAGCUCCUACAAGUACCCAGAAGGAUCCUCUGAGGAGCGGUCUGUAUUUAUUAAGGCUUCCCGGAAAUUGCUGGAAGCAAGAAGGAACUCUUCAUCCCUCCUGGAUCUUCUAGGGUCUGAGAGCUUUAAGGAUAACCCUGUGCAGCUGCAACUCCAUCUGGCUAGGGCGCCCAUGUGGGGCCAGGACUUACUGCUCAUGCUACAGGUCCAGAGGAUGCCAGACAGAGUCCGUGCUCAGGACCCCAUUGGCCUGACAGUGCGUUUUUCUGCACAGGCCAUGCUGCAUGGGGGCAGCACUCGGAAACCCUUCUGGAAUUACGUGGUGCGCUUGAAUGUGGAUUUUGAGCAGGAGCUACAGCAGCCGCUCCUGCUGCCCUACAGCAAUUACAGGAACAAGCUGACGGAUGAAAAGCUGAUCCGCGUGUCUGGCAUCGCUGAGGUUGAAGAGACAGGGAAACUCAUUCUGGUCCUAAAAGAUUUCUCUCUGGAGCCUCCCCACUUAUCCAUUGAGGUGUUUGAAAGGGCUGAGGUGGGCAAGGCCCUGAACAUCUACAUCACCCUCACCAACACCCUAUUGGUUCCUCUGAGUAACUGUACCCUGGUUCUGGAGGGAAGUGGCAUCGUCAAUGGGCAGAUAACAAAAGGUCUUGGGACUCUGAUGGCUGGACAGACCAUCCGGAUUCAAACGGAGCUCUACCCCAUCAAAGCUGGGCCCCACCAGCUACAGGUCCUCAUCAGUAGCAGUGAGGUCAAGGAGAUCAAAGGCUACAAGGACAUCGUCGUUGCUGCAGCCUCCGGAGACCUGCCUUUCUAAUGCCCUCCCCAGUCCGUGUCCCAGCCCCACCCCCCACUCCUAGCAGAGCCUCAAGGUGGUGGUGUAGCUCAACCUCUGUAGUGGGGGAAGUGAAACUCUGUAGAACCACUGUGCACCAUGGGAAGAAACAAUAAAGAUGUCAGCUCUCUCCUGCAACUGUGGGGCUGCGUGGGCUCUCUCCG